UAUGCCAACUAAGAUUAGACAAUAAGAAAAUAUAAUAACAGAGAAAGACAUAAUAGAUGAAUAUUUGGAUAUUUUGAACUAAUUAAAGAAGAACUUUAGAAACGGAAUUCAGAGUAGAAGAGAUCUAAGAAUUAGAAUAAGAGAAUUAGAAAAAAAAGAAUAAAAUAAUAGCAAUUUAUGCUUACAGGUAAAUAUUUAUUAAUAGGUAUUAAUGAAAUAAGAAUGGAAUGAAAUGACACAACAGAAUUGAUUCAGAAACUUAGACCACAAAGUGGAAAGAGAUAUUUGGAUCAAGUUUGGAUGUGAAUUUUAGACAUUUGUAUAUAUUAUUUAAAUAAAAACAAACAAAAA